GAGAGAGAAGGAUGGAGGGUGAAAGUGGAGAGGCCGGCAGACGUGUUGCAACAGAUGGCUUUACCAGCGGCGGCGGCGGCGGAGCUCUGGAACGCCCUUAGACAGGCAGUGAGGGAGGGAGACGGCGGGGGCAGAGGGACAGAAGACAGAACGACGUCAGCCUGAACGCAAGUUUGGAAGCAAGACUUUUCUUCAUGUAGGACAUGACUCUUUGACUGGAGCCUUCCUCAUCCUCCUCAUCCACCACCUCCUCAGGGGUCCAAGAGGAGAACACCUGCCUCCACAGAGGAGCUUCCACAAGGAGCAAGAGAAGCUGAAUCAGCUGAUUGGUUGACCUUUGGGUGAGGUCAGGGGUCGUAAGCCAUGGCGGGCAGACUCCUCCUCAUCUUGUUGACAUUGAUGAUGCUCAGCCACGCUCACUUCCUGCCAGGCCAGCGACUGAAGCCCCGCCUCCAGAGAGACAGACGCAACAUCCGUCCAAACAUCAUCCUGGUCCUCACCGAUGAUCAGGACCUCGAGCUGGGCUCCAUGAAUGCCAUGAAUAAGACACGCCGCAUCAUGGAGGAGGGCGGGACUUCUUUCUCAAACGCCUUUGUCACCACGCCCAUGUGCUGUCCGUCACGUUCCAGCAUGCUCACUGGAAAAUACGUGCACAACCACAACACGUACACCAACAACGAGAACUGCUCAUCCAUGUCGUGGCAGCGGCAGCAGGAACCACGAACCUUCGCUGUUUACCUCAACAACACAGGAUACAGGACGGCCUUCUUCGGGAAGUAUCUGAACGAAUACAAUGGCUCGUACGUUCCGGUUGGCUGGAAGGAGUGGCUUGGCCUGGUCAAGAACAGUCGCUUCUACAACUACACGCUCAGUCGUAACGGGCUCAGAGAGAAGCAUGGCGCACAGUACCCUCAGGACUAUUUAACAGACGUCAUCACAGCAGAGUCCAUUCGUUAUUUUCGCUGGUCCAAACGUGUUUAUCCUCAUCGGCCCGUCAUGAUGGUACUGAGUCACGCUGCACCUCAUGGACCUGAGGACUCAGCGCCGCAGUACAGCAACGCCUUCCCCAAUGCAUCACAGCACAUUACUCCCAGUUACAACUACGCUCCCAACCCAGACAAGCACUGGAUAAUGCGCUACACGGGUCCCAUGAAGCCCAUCCACAUGGAGUUUACCAACAUACUGCAGAGGAAACGACUGCAGACGCUGCUGUCAGUAGACGACAGCAUGGACAAGUUGUACAACAUGCUGGUGGAGACCAACGAGCUGGAGAACACGUACAUCAUCUACACGUCUGAUCACGGUUACCACAUUGGACAGUUUGGCCUCGUUAAAGGAAAAUCCAUGCCUUAUGACUUUGAUAUCAGAGUCCCAUUUUACAUAAGAGGACCAAACGUGGAACAAGGCAGUGUCAACCCUCACAUGGUCCUCAACAUUGACCUGGCGCCCACUAUCUUGGACAUCGCCGGCCUGGACACACCUUCUGACAUGGACGGCCAAUCCAUCCUGAGCCUGCUGGAUGUUGACAGACCUGCUAACAGGUUCCAGGUGAACAAGAAGUCGAAGGUGUGGAGAGACUCCUUCCUGGUGGAGAGAGGGAAGCUGCUGCAUCAGCGUGUGGAGGGAAAGGAAGUGUCUCAGGAGGAGAACUUCCUGCCCAAACAUCAGCGGGUCAAAGAGCUGUGUCAGCGGGCCGAGUACCAGACACCCUGUCAGCAGACUGGACAGAAGUGGCAGUGUGUGGAGGACUCCUCGGGAAAGUUGCGCCUCUUCAAAUGUAAGAGCGAAGGGGGAGGAGCUAAGAGCCCACAGGGAGAAGAGCUUAGCCGGCGACGUCCAAUCAGCAUCAAGUCUGAGUCGUAUUAUGGCAGCCCAGACAAGUGUGAUUGUGACCUACGACCUCUUAAGCUGCGGCCUUUCAAAAAGAAGUCGUUCUUCUCCGAGAAGUACUUGAAGGUUCUAAAGAGCUACACCAGGAACCGCUUCAGUCGCUCCGUGUCUGUAACACAAAGUUACCCUGGCAAUCUCAGCCUGCACGAGUCCGAGGACGAAUUCAGCGGGAUGGGCGGGGUUUCCACCGUCCUGACUCCGCCCAACUCUGUCAAAGUCACACCCAGGUGUUCCAUUCUGACCAACUCCACAGUCAGGUGUGACACAGGUGUCUACAAGUCUCUGCAGGCCUGGAAGGACCACAAGCUACACAUUGACCAUGAGAUUGAGACCCUGCAGACCAAGAUCAAGAACCUGAAAGAUGUCAAAGUUCACCUGAAGAAGGCUCGCCCCCUGGUGUGCGACUGCAAUAAGUACAUCCACAAGUCCAAAAUGAAGAAGACGUUAGGGUACAGAGGAGGCCGUGUGCAUCCCUUCAGGAGGGGUGGGGCUCGGGACAAGAAGGCAUGGCUUGAGAAGGAGCAGAAGAGGAGGAAGAAGAUGAGGAAGAUGAUUAAGAGAAUACGAAACAACGACACUUGUUCCAUGCCAGGACUCACCUGCUUCACGCACGACAACCAACACUGGCAAACAGCGCCAUACUGGACACUGGGGCCCUUCUGCGCAUGUACGAGUGCCAACAACAACACAUAUUGGUGUCUGAGGACCAUCAAUGAGAGCCACAACUUCCUGUUCUGUGAGUUUGCAACCGGCUUCCUGGAGUACUUUGACAUGAGCACAGACCCCUACCAGCUGGUGAACGCCGUCGGCUCGUUAGACCGGAUGCUUCUCAACAAUCUUCACAUUCAGCUGAUGGAGCUUCGAGGCUGCCGGGGACAUAAACAGUGUAAUCCUCGCAUUCGCUCAGUGGAACCCGCAGGUGGGCGGGACCAGAGCAGCUUUGAUGACUACAGGCUGUUUGAGAAGAGGAAGUGGCCCAGAGUCAAGCGACCUUCAUCAUCGCGAACAUUAGGUCCUAUCUGGGACGGCUGGAAGGGAUAAGCUUCCUUGUUGGUCCAAAUUGGCUUGUGAGCCCGCCCACAGCAGCAUCAAGGAGCAGGGAGUGGUUAACUGCAUGCACGCGCCAUUUUGGUGACUCUCCCCCCCCCACUCAGUCAAUCAGAACCUCCAACUUUGCUGUGACUUUACUCUGCCCCUCCCCCUCCUGUCUACCUCCUUCCAAAAAGACCUUCAUCAUCAGCAUUGCUCCUCUUCCUCAGCCUGUCCUUAUCAUGAGGACGAGGAGGGUAGCGAUGAAGAGGACUUCAGUCCUUUUAUGGCAGUUUUGCUCUGAGUUCACAGUGGCAGUCAGUCAAACAUCGACACACCCCUUUUCAGUGCCAAACAUGGACACCACCUUCCCAACUGCUGUCAAUCAAACGUGGGCACGCCCCUCCGGGUGGCUAUCAAUCAAACAUGAACAGGCUCACUCCAACCUCUGUUUGUGUAACAUGGACACACCCUGGUACUUAAAUGGGCAUGCCCUUCUCUCUGCUUUUAGUCAAUAAUGGACAUGCCCACUUCAUCUUCUGUUUUGCACAACAUGGACACACCUCCUCUUGUAUCGGAAAUGGACACGCCCUUUCUUUCUGCUGUCAAGUCAAAAAUGGACACACCCCCAUGUAGUGACUGUCAGUCAAAUAUGGACAUUGUUGAGAGUGCUUGCAGAAGUUGUGUUAAAAGUAUUAAUAAUCAACUAAUAUAUUUCAAACAUCCGGCGGCCAUCUUUGUUGUUGGAAGAGUAAAGAGGAAGUUUAAACUGUGAUUUACUAACGUAAUCCAUAAAGCAUGCACUGACCUCUGGUGGCCAGAAGUCAUUUCCCACAAUGCUUCUAUGGUGAACAUGAGUGGAUUUCUUCUAGGUUCUGGCAACCAUGGAGACCCCAGCACCCCCCCACGUGGAAACAGGAAGUUGUUGGAUUUUGAAAUCACGUCUUGUUUGCAUGUCCUAUAAUAAUUUGAACUUGAAGAAGUAGCGCCACCUGCUGUUCACCUUCUUCUUAUGACAGGAAUUUAUUUAUGUUGAUAGAAGCUACAAAGGGAAAUCUGAGCCAGACUACCACGUGCCUGUUUCCUGAUCGUCAUGACGACUGAUGGAAGCUGAUCAACUUUGUUUUUUCCCCCUAAUUUAAACUAAUAUGACAUUUCCUUCCAUGUCUGCUGUUGAGCACUUUGGUGUCACGUGACUGGCAGCCAUGUUGUGACGAUGUCAGCGUUGUGUGUAACACGUGGCAGCGACGAUAGUUUGUGAUUAAAGUGUUGAUGCCAAAAUGAAGCCAGUAGUU